GGAGGAGGUGGUCCUGUCAGAUGCGUAUGCACACCCCCAGCAGAAGGUGGCCGUGUACAGGGCUCUGCGGGCUGCAUUGGCAGCACUUCUUGUCCAAGACCCCUCCCCAGUACCUUCCCUUCCGGGUCACUCUUUCCCAUCUCAGGGCAGAGGCCACAGGAGUCUGAAGCCAGUUGGGUGAUCCAUCCCCGGCCCCAGAGCGGCGAGAGUCCCUCUCCUUCUCCUGGGAAGGGAGCCGCACUUGGAGGCUGAAGACCUGAGACCUCUCUCCCCUCCUCUGCCCCGCCAGCCAGCCGCCUACCCAGAUAGCUUGGGGCUGCCCAGGGCACACGCCCUUUCCCUGCGCUGCAGAGUCCCUCCCUUUUGCCCAUCCUCAUUGGGGCUUCAGGAAUGGAGCGCUCCCUGUGAUAGGUCCUAGCUUUUCUGGGUUGUUGCUGUUUGCAUUCCAGUUUUGUUUCCCAACUGGAUACUCUGGGGUAACCCUGCACCCCAGGUCAGGGGAUGGGGACGGGGUGUGACCACGGGCUUCGCCCCUGCUCUGGCCGCUUGGAAAACGGCUCCGCUUGGGGACUGGCAGGCCCCUGAUUGCCCGCCUCCACAGAGAGCAGCAGAAGCCCGGAGGAGCUGCAGAUGCUCAAGAUCCACCGUGGCGACCCGCAGCUGAUUGUGCAGUUGCGUUUCUGCGGGCGCCAGCUCUGCUGCCGCUUCCUCCGCGCCUACCGCGAGGGGGCGCUACGCGGCGCGCUGCAGAGGUGCUUGGCUGCAGCACUUGCCCAGCCCUCGCUUGAGCUGCAACUGGAGCUGCGCGCCGGCGCGGAGCGGCUGGACUCUUUGCUGACGGACGAAGAGCGCUGUUUGAGUUGCAUCUUAGCCCAGAAGCCGGACAGACUGCGGGAUGAGGAACUCGCUGAGCUGGAGGAUGCGCUCCAGAAUCUGACUUGCGGCUCCGGGGGCCAGGGUGGCGACGUGGAGGUCGCUCCAGCCCCCUUGCAGUCCCUGGUCUCCUCUCCGUCCGAGAAGCCGCAGCCACCGUCUGGCCAUACUUUUCUAUUCCAGGGUCAGCCCGUAGUGAACCGGCCGCUGAGCCUGCAGGACCAACAGACGUUCGCGCGCUCCGUGGGCCUCAAAUGGCGCAAGGUGGGGCGCUCACUGCAGCGCGGCUGUCGGGCGCUGCGGGACCCAGCGCUCGACUCGCUGGCCUAUGAAUACGAGCGCGAAGGGCUGUACGAGCAGGCCUUCCAGCUGCUGCGGCGCUUUGUGCAGGCCGAGGGCCGCCGCGCCACGCUGCAGCGCCUGGUGGAGGCGCUCGAGGAGAACGAGCUCACUAGUUUGGCAGAGGACUUGCUAGGCCUGGCCGAUCCCGAUGGAGGCCUGGCUUAGACCUGGUCCCAGAGAAAGGGGCGGUCGGCCAGGUGCCCAGCGUGAGUCUGGAGCACCUGGAUGACCCUAGGACCCCUUCUGGUGCUACUGCCUAUCCCUUAUCCAUCCAUGGGACUCUGAGACCACACUUACAACCACACUUAGUCUGUCUGCUGGAGCUGCUGGGGUAGAGUUGACUGCCUUCCCCAGGAGCCAGACAAGCACCCACCAAGUUCGCUGGGAGUGUACUACUGCGGAUUCUGCCCCAGAUACUUACAGUGUGUGUGUGACCUGCUGCAGAGGUUAGCCUCACCCUCUGCCACCCCAGAAGAAGGGCUUCUGGCUAGCCCUCACCUCUUCACUCAUCCAACAAUUACUCAUUAAGCACCUGGACGUUUGGUAUUCUAGGCAUUAUCCUGGGUGCUGCAAAUACUGUGGUGAACAAGAUCCUGCCUGCCCCCACCUCAGACUCAGUGUGGAACCCUGGAUAUUAAGCAACGGUAAUAAAG